AUGGCCGACGCGAGCCGCUCCAACGUUUCCAUUCUCGACGAUAACUCGACGACAACAACGACAACUAUCAGCGAGAUGGUCGAUUCGGGUUGGGUGAGUGUGGGCUGCUGGGCUCUCGCGGAGCACAAAGAGCACGUAGAAUUGUGUCAAAUCCAUGCUUAAUCGUGUCGCAAAUCCCUCCCCAAAAUCCCGUGUUUUCAGAACGUUCUCGCCUCAACGAGUGUGCAGGCGUUCAACGGAGCGAUGGAGGUGCUCGAAGAGUCCUAUCCGGUCAGUGGUCCCCAUCAGGGGUGUGCGGAAAAUAUUUCGAUUUUCCGAAAUUUUCCGAUUUUCCGAGAAAUUUUCGGAAAAUUAGUGUGGAUUCAAGGUCAAUUUGUCCGAAACCACCGUAUGCUUUUUAAAGGCGCAACACAAAAUUUUUAGAAGGGUCUAGCAGCGAGCGUCUUUUUAAAUUUGAUUUUUGAAAAUUUGGACCCGGAGAGCUUCUCUCGGCUAAUUUUUUUGCAAAAAAAUAUUCCAUUGCUUGGCUUCCGCCCACUCAAGUGAUUUCAGAUCAUAAUACGCAUUUUUUUGUAUUAGAACGUUGUUUAAACACUUUAUUGAACCAAUGAACAAGUGAGUUUUCCGAUUUUUUUCCGAUUUUUUUCCGAAAUUUUUCCGAAAAAAAUUCGGAAAAAAACCGAUUUUUCCGAAAUUUUUCCGAAAAAAAUUCGGAAAACCCGAUUUUUCCGAAAUUUUUCCGAGAAAAAAAUUCGGAAAACCCGAUUUUCCGAAAUUUUUCCGAAAAAAAAUUCGGAAAACCCGAUUUUUCCGAAAUUUUUCCGAAAAAAAUUCGGAAAACCCGAUUUUCCGAAAUUUUCCGAAAAAAAAAACUCGGAAAAACCGAUUUUCCGAAAUUUUCCGAAAAAAAAAUUCGGAAAAACCGAUUUUCCGAAAUUUUCCGAAAAAAAAAAUUCGGAAAAACCGAUUUUCCGAAAUUUUCCGAAAAAAAUUGUCCGCACACUCCUGGUCCCCAUAAGUUCACAAUGCAAACAAAACAAUGUUUUUGCAGCUAUGCAAAAAGAUGAUUGAUCACAAAAUGUUGUUUCCGGAGCGAGGUACGUGAAAUUCGCGCGCGCAUGGAAUUGAGCAAUUCAAUUCGCUUGCCGUUUUUUCAGAUCCGAACGACACGCGGGUGUGGUGCAACGCGACGUACGAUACCGUACUCUGUUGGCCGCCGACGCCCGCCAACUCGUCCGUCACCCUCCAAUGUCCUCAUAUGAAGGGCCUCGAUCCGAAUAGUGAGUUUUUUUUUUUUAAUUUGAUCCCCCCCUCCCCCGCCUUUCGGAAAGAACAUUUCGAGUGACUAACGCUGGUGGCUGAUGAUGACGUCGUUUUCUUUGUACCGAAAGCAUGGUUUUGGCUGGAACAAGAGAAAUGUUUCGCAAAAAAAAGAAAAGUGGAAAAGGCAUGUGUCUCGCUUGGCUUUUUUUUUUUGCAAUGUGGAAUGCGCCGGAUUCUGUAGAGAGGUGUCUAAAAAAUAGGCGAUUUGAAGUGUCUCCUCUGUCUUUAUGUUCAUUCUAAACCCCCCAUACUCUUGUGAGACUUUUCCUCCUAUGUUCCUUGAAAUUUCGGUGGUGCUUUGGGUUGUUGCACGAGAAAUGCGCCAAGGCAUGUAAUUAUAAAUUGAAAAAGCGCGGCUGGCAUGGCACAUUUCUCGCAAAAUCCGACCCAUCUCUCCCCGUUUUUCCGCGCCUCACCAAUUGCAGAAUUCAUUGAAAAGCGAUGCGACGAGACGGGCCGUUGGGCGGGCAAAUCCGCCGGACACUACGAGAAUCCGUGGGGAUGGACCAACUUCACCGUCUGCUUCAAAAUCGACUAUGAAGAUGUGAAAGUAUGGAAAUAGUUGAACUCUUUUUGGUUUUGCACUCACUCUCUCUCUCCCUCUCUUCUUCUUCUUCCUCUUUCCUCUAUAUAUGGUCCCCAAAUCGCAACCCCCUCUAUCCUUUUUUUUUUUUUUAAAUGGUAACUAUUGCCUGAGUUUGCGUUCUGCUCUUCUCCACUUUUUUGAAAACGUCCACGUCACGUCACGUCACACACACACACACAAACACAAUUAUUGUCCCGUCCAUGUCUCGCACCCACACACACACACACAUAUCUACAGUAAUCCACGUACAGAGAACAUCACAAAAAGCUGCCACGUGUCGGGCGUGUGGUCGGGUCGAACGCCGGAGGAGAUGGGUCCGUGGCUGCCCGGCUGGACCAACUUCACCAUGUGCUACACCGACGAAGUCAUUUAUAUUAUGCAGAAUUUGAACAACGAAUCUUUGACGGUACAGUGUAUUCAUCGAAUUUCAUAAUAAUAUCCCCCCUUAACUUUUUUCUCUUUCUCUUCCUCUUUCUCUUUCUCUUUCUCUCUCUGUUUUCUCACUCAUCUCACCUCACUCACCCAAAUUCACACAUUGCGUUCGACUUGGUUAACGAGCGGAAACAACAAAGGUUCAGAUUGCUCAAGAGGUGGCGCGGAAUGCGCGGAAAUUGGAGUUUGUCGGUCUCGGACUUUCGCUCGUCUCACUCAUUCUCGCCAUUUCGAUUUUCUCCUAUUUUCGGUGAGUUUGAAACCUGAGGUGUACGUACGUGUGCACCGAAACUCCGAGGGAUUCUGAGACACCUAGACACCAGAGUUGAGCGCGGAAGAACACGCAAGAAUUUUUUAUCUUUUUUAGAAAAUUUUUUCAUGAAAUGUGAUCAACUGCCGAAAUGUAGAGCAAAUUGAACUCUGUUCAUAGAAAAAUAAUUGUAAAUUUAGCUUUUCAUACAAAAAAGUUAUUCGAGUUGUUUCGUGAAAAUGUCCUUCCGUCCGUCUUCCGUUAGCCCUUUUUUCACGAAACAACUCGAAUAACUUUUUGUAUGAAAAGCUAAAUUUACAAUUAUUUUUCUAUGAGCACAGUUCACUUUGCUCUACAUUUCGUCAGUUGAUCACAUUUCAUGAAAAAAUUUUCUAAAAAAGAUAAAAAUUCUUUCGUGUUCUUCCGUUGAGUUCUUUCGCUCAAAUCUGGUGUAGAAUGCGGAAUCGGCAUCCGGGGGAGACGUCGUGAGAUUCUGAGACACCUAGACACAUCGAAUUCCACUAUGAUGGACCUAUUCAGCCGAGUAUUUUACUGGUUUUUUACGCAAAGAAACCCUAUUCAAAUGAGAACAAAAAAACCCCCCGGGGAAGAGGUUUUUUUUUGCGAGGCCCGUGCCAAUGCCGCGUCAAAAAAGUUAAGACAAAAACCCGGAAAUCACUCGGCGUUUUUGCUGCAAUUUCCUUGAACUUUGGACGCGGCAUAAUAAAGGCAUGAGCCUUUCAACAAUUUAAAUGACCGCCCGGUUGUAUUUAAAGGCUCAUGCCUUUAUUAGCACGGGUCUCGCAACGAACAGGAUUUUUUUCGCGUAAAAAACCAGUAAAAUACUCGGCUGAAUAGGUCCGUGAGUGCUUCGGGCGCUCGGGACCGGCCUUCUACGCGCUUCUGCUGCUUCCAGCGGGCUUCUCAGAAUCCCUGACCCAUCAGAAUCUCACGACGUCUGCCACGGAUGCUGGAAAAUGCUUUCCAGCAUCAAUUUCAGUAGAUUUUCGAAAACUAGAGCGAUUUUGCGGUGUGGAAGCGAAAUAAAUGUGAUUUGGCGACAGUAGCGGCCCCCGUGAGCCGAAUUUUUUCGAGAUUCCGAAUAUUUCGACGUCGUUUUGCGAUCUUUUCUCAUUUCUUAGAAAACACUGUGACGCAUUCAAAUUUUCAGGCGUCUCCGAGUGUUCCGAAACCUGCUCCAUCUCCAUUUGAUGAUCGCAAUGCUGAUGGUGGUCAUCAUUCGUCUCGUCCUCUACAUUGAUCUCAUUUUCACCGGCGACAUUGGUCCGCACGCGAAUUCGGCCGAAGGAAAAACAAUCAAUACUAUGGUGGGCGCGAUUUGACCUUGUACCCUUCCGGAUAUUAUACAAUUCCAAAUGUUUUGCAGCCCAUCGUCUGCGAGGGAAUGUUUUUCUUCUUGGAAUACUUCAAAACGGUCACUUUUUGCUGGAUGUUUUUAGAGGGAAUCUACCUGAACAAUCAAAUCGUUUUCGGGUUCUUCAACUCGGAGCCCAAACUUCUUCCCUACUUUCUGGCCGGUUACGGUAAGCGCCCGUGUCCGGUCCCGGUCCCGAGCUCAACUGCAUAUUGUAGGAAUCCCUCUGAUCCACACAAUGCUCUGGCUGUUUGUGGUGCUCGUCAAAAAGGAUUUCAAAGUGGAACGAUGUCUGGGAUCGUAUUAUUUGGAACCCGAGUUUUGGAUUCUCGACGGUCCCCGCAUGGCCGAGUUGGUGGUCAGUCCAGCGUUUUGAGAAGAAAUCCUCAAACACGUUCGAGUUUUUGUGCAGAUAAACCUGUUCUUCAUCUGCAACGUCAUUCGUGUGCUGUACUCGAAAGUCCGCGAGUCGAACAACACGUCGGAGGCGGGCCUCAAAAAGUCGGUGAAGGCGGCGAUGAUGCUGCUGCCGCUUCUCGGAGUUCCCAAUAUUAUGCAGACGAUUCCGUUCGCACCAACCCGGGACAAUAUUAUGGUAAUUUGUGGACAGUUAUUCGAGAACCAUUCUCUUCUUUGCAGGUGUUCGCCGUGUGGACGUACACCGCCUCGUUCACCUACAUGUAUCAGGGACUUAUGGUCGCCAGCAUCUAUUGUUUCACCAAUAAAGAGGUACAUUCACCGGGCACCACUUUUUCAACGUCUUUUUUCAAAUCGUUUGUUCAGGUGAACCAUGUGCUCAAGGCGUUCUACGCGCGUUAUCGUCUCCUGCACAAAUCGCAAAAUGAGUUGCGUCGUGGCUCGAGAAGUGUCGCUUCGCACUAUGCCGCGAAAAACGGAACCGCUAGCGGAGCAGUCACUCAGGUUGGGAAAAUUGUUUUUAAAAAAAUAGAGGCAACUAUUCGUUGUGUGCAGGUGAACAACGCCGACGAGUCCGGAAAGUUGUCGCCGUUCGCGUCGCGUAGCAAGAAGGGAAGCGACGAUUCGACGACGAAACUCAUGAAGGACACUGUGGUAAGUUUUGAAACACUUUUGGCUUAAGGUAUCAUGUCAUCAAAGGUUUGAGCGUGUUUCAGGCCGACGAGGAGAAGAAUGCGAACAACAACGGAUACGGAUCGGCGGGCGAGAUGACUCCGUUGCGUGAAGGGUAUGAAGAGGGGGGCAAUUCGAUAUUAAUCUAAUUAGAAAGUUACUGAUCUAAUUAGAUUCGACUGUUUUUUCUUGGCGCAAUCGAUAUUUGAGCCAACAGACAGUGAAAAUUGAUUUGAGCACUUAUUAAUCUAGCUCGCGGUCUCCAGAGCUGACAAAAAUGGGCGUGGCCUCGGCGGCCAAAUGGCGUUUUCAUGAAUUGAGCAGGUUUUCUCUGAUUUUUGUGGUCAACGGCGAUGAAAAAUGAUUGUUAGACAUAAAAUUGCACUAAUUCUCAGAAUUAAUGACCUUUUGGCGCAUUUUUCGCGCAUUUCGCUUUUUCGCCGCCGCCGCCGCCGCCGCCUAAAAACCGCACUUCGCAUUUUGCACUUUCUUGACCGUUUUCAGACAGAAUCGGUUUUGAAAAUGAUAAAUCACGUAAAUACAAGCAUUUUGAGCGCUCGAACCGCGAAAACCACCGAAAAGCAACUGAAAUUCACGCAGUUUUAGCCAAAAAACCUUCAAACGGAUAAAUGUGAUUUUCGACUUGACCAAAUUUAACGCUCUUGCGCUUAAAAAAUUCGUAAUAGCCUAUACAAUCGGCCUAUCGAGAGACAAAUGAGAAAUUAUCGGUUUUUCGUGGCUAAUCUGGCAAAAAACACAAAUUUUGCAGUUAAAAUUUGAAUUUCGCGCCAAUGUAUCGCUCUAUUGGGCGGGGCGCACUUGCGCGCCCAUUGUCAGCUCUGGAGACCGUGUAGCUAGACAAUUUAUUAAUCCAAUUAUCAGAGUUGCCACGGGCCGGGCCGAAAUUUUCAAAACUUUGGCCCGGCCCGGCCCGUCGGCCCGGUUCAAAAAGCGGGAAUCCAAAUUUUGAACUAUUGACUAAAUAAAAUGUUUGUUUUUCGUAGAACUAACGAAUUUUGCAAGUAUCGAGCAGAAAAAAGAAAUGUAGUUCUCAAAAAUAGUUUUUAUUGGCAUCAAAGCAAAAGUAACAAUUAAAAAAGAAGAAAAUAAUAACUUUUCCCACUAAAUUUCUUGCAGUUCGAAGCGCUUUUUCAACGAGUUCCGUUUUUUUAAAUUUUGAUCGCCGCAAAAAAAAAAACGAAAAAAUAGAUUUCCCCCAAAAAUUUGAAUUCGCGCCUUUUGAGCCGGGCCGGCACUCAAAUAUUGUCAAGGCAUGCGCUCAAAUUCCACACCGAUUUCGCUGAUUCUAACCACAUUUUCAGAUCGAAUCGCUCGAACAAGUGCCCGUAA